AUGAGUCGAGAUGCGCACAGCGAUACCGCCCCCGCCAGUCAACUAGCGACCGAGUCUGAGAAAACCUCCCUGCCGGUUCCAUCCAGCGGCCCAGAGAACAUGGCUGCCAACCCCGAUCAAGCGCCAAGUGCGCAGUUCCGAAGCAGGCCUGUGUCUGUCGCCGUGAACCCCGUAUCACUGGUGAUCAAUGAGUGCAUAUCUGUGACCUCGGUCAUGCGCAAACACGCACGAUGGGCGCAAUCUUCCGUUUCCUCGAUACUCGGCGGCAACCCCAACCCGGUCCAACUGGGGCCCCCGAGCCCUCUCCUUCGCCCGGGCAGCAGGAGCUCCAACACGACCACUUUGAGUGUGGACGGAGCACAAGACAUUGGCCCAGCAAACAGAUGGGGAUUGAGAGGAAAGAAGGGCAAGAGCAUGCAGGAUAAUCCCCUGAUGGCUGGGUUUGGUCGCCUUCGACAUGAUCUUUCGACUUGCAAAGAUAUCCAUGAAUUCGAUGCCCCCGCCCUCCUGAACCCAUUCCUACAGGUUAUACAAGCUUCCGCUACCUCGGCACCCAUUACGAUACUUGCACUCAAAGCUAUCCGCAAAUUCCUUGCCUAUGGAUUCAUCAGUCCGGAGUCUCCCCGAUUCGCGCUUGCCAUGCAGUCUCUUUCCACAGCAAUAACGCAUUGCCGCUUUGAGGCCAGCGAUUCAGCACAAGACGAGGUUGUGCUCCUUAUGAUCUUGAAUUUGAUGGAGGAUAUGCUGUCCAGUCCCGGGGGUGCCCUGCUUAGCGACGAGAGCGUCUGUGAGAUGAUGGAGACUGGUUUGACCAUGUGCUGUCAGUCGAGGCUAUCGGAGCUCUUGCGACGAACUGCUGAGGCUGCUAUGGUCCGGAUGUGCCAAAUCAUUUUCGAGCAUCUCAAGCAUCUAGAGGAUGUGGCCGGCGACGAUAUGGAAGCAUUGGACCAGCAGACGAAUGGGGAUAUGGACGCAGUCAAGAUGGUCCCGUCAACUCAUGGAAACGACGUCAUUGCAUCCACCGACGGCCCUGAAAACGUCGUGACCGGAGAGCCUCGAGAGUCUUCUAGCUCAACCGAGGCCGAGGCAACUCCACCGCCAGUAGACGAGAGCAUCGACGAGGACGCUUCCGAGCUCGAGAUCAAGCCAUACUCCUUGCCGUCCAUGAAGGAGCUCUUCCGAGUUCUAGUGGAUCUUUUAGACCCGCAUGAUAGAACACAAGGUGAUAACAUGCGUGUCAUGGCUCUGCGUAUAAUCCAUGUGGCCCUCGAAGUUGCAGGACCGUCCAUUGCUCGGCACCCAGCUCUAGCCUUUGUUGCCGAGGACAAGCUUUGUCGAUACCUGUUCCAGCUGGUACGGUCGGAUAACAUGGCCAUUCUUCAAGAAUCUCUGAUUGUUGCCGGAACUCUUCUAGAAACUUGCAGGGGCGUUCUCAAGUUGCAGCAAGAGUUAUUCCUAUCGUAUCUUGUCGCAUGUUUACAUCCACCGGUAGAGAUACCUCGAGAACCUGGCAUCGAUCCUUCACUGUACGAAGGCAUACCGCAAGCACCGAAGCUGGUCAAGCCGCCGCCGGGGCAGGCUGGCAGUGGCAGAGCGACUCCAGUACCGGUCCAGGAUCGCCAAAAGCUAGGUCUGGAAGGAGGCGCACGAAAACCUGACGCCCGGCAGGCAAUGGUCGAAAGUGUAGGGGCAUUAGCUCGCAUGCCAAGCUUUUUGGUUGAGCUGUUUGUGAACUACGACUGUGACACCGACCGAACGGACAUGUGUGAAGAUAUGAUCGGGCUCUUGUCCAGGAGCGCUUUGCCAGACUCUGCAACCUGGAGCACUACCAGUGUACCACCUCUUUGCCUAGAUGCUUUGCUGGGCUAUAUUCAAUUCAUCGCCGACAGACUAGGUGACGAACCGGUCUUGGAGGGCUAUCCCGAUGCAGCCAAACUCCGCGAGCAAAGGCUACGAAAGAAAACCAUAAUCACAGGUGCAAACAAGUUCAACGAAAAACCUCAAAAGGGUCUUGUCUAUCUGCAAUCUGAAGGCAUCAUCGACGAUUUCACUAAUCCUGCCUCCGUUGCCAGAUUUCUCAAGGGCACUACGAGGAUAUCGAAAGCGGUCCUUGGAGAAUACGUUUCCAAGAAAGGCAACGAAAAAUUGCUCGAAGAAUAUAUCAGUCUGUUCGACUUCACUGGGAAACGUGUUGACGAAGCAUUGCGUCUGAUGUUGGAGAGCUUCCGUCUUCCCGGCGAGUCGCAACUUAUUGAACGCAUCAUGGUGACUUUCUCCAAGGCGUAUAUUGCUAGCGACAUCCCCCCCGGUUGUGCUGAUGAGGAUGCCGUAUAUGUCCUUUCGUACGCUGUGGUGAUGCUCAAUACCGAUCAGCACAAUCCAAAUAUGAAGUCGAGGCGCAUGACGAUUCUUGACUUUUCGCGAAACCUCCGCGGCACAAAUGGUGGCAAAGACUUUGAGCCAGAAUAUCUUCAGGCCAUCUUUGACGCUAUCAGUUCUAAUGAGAUUAUUCUGCCCGACGAGCACGAUAACAAGCAUGCCUUUGAUUAUGCUUGGAGGGAACUCCUUCUCAAAACCGAGUCUUCAGGCCCGCUGGUUCUUUGCGACACAAACAUUUAUGAUGCGGACAUGUUCCAAAAGACAUGGAAGCCAAUUGUCUCCACGCUGUCGUAUGUUUUCAUGUCGGCGACGGACGAUGCUGUCUUUGCUAGAGUUGUCACUGGUUUUGACCAGUGUGCAAAGAUUGCUUCACAAUAUGGCAUUACCGAGGCACUGGACCGCAUUAUCUAUUCACUGAGCUGCAUGACCACACUUGCUACUCAGAGCUUGGCGAACACCGCUCUGAACACUGAAAUGAAGGUUUCAGAUGAUGGCCCGACGGUCAUGGUCAGCGGGCUAGCUGUGAAGCUCGGCAGAAACUUCAAGGCCCAGUUAGCCACUCUAGUCCUGUUCCGCGUUGUCACGGGUAGUGAGGCCGUCAUAGCUGACGGCUGGCAAUACAUUGUCCGCAUCUGGUUGAAUCUCUUUGUCAACUCACUCAUCUCUCCAUCCUUCUCCACUGACUCUGAGCGACUUCCCGUACCAGCGAUACCCUUACAGCCACCUUCUCAAGUUAUUGAUAGAGGAGCCAAGGCUGCCGACACUGGCCUAUUCUCGGCCCUGUCUUCGUACAUUUCGAGCUAUGCAGCCGAUGAUCCACCAGAGCCUUCGGCCGAAGAACUUGAGAGCACACUGGCCACUGUCGACUGCGUGAAUGCCUGCCAUAUGGACGACGUUUUCGAAAACAUUUCUAAGCUUCCAGCGAAGAAUCUACAGAAUCUCGUCGAAGCUCUUCUCGAUGAGAUACCGGAAGACGACAACUCUACGGUGCCUGCCAUCACUGUGAGAUCAGACAAUAUACCAUCUUCACCUGGACCAAAGCCGGCUCGCAAGCAGAGCAACUACGAUCCUUCCGUAACCUAUAUUCUCGAGUUCUGUACCGUUCUUGCACUCAGAGACGCCGAAACGGUUGAACUACUCGGGAAACAAGUCUCUGAAGCGCUUCAAGCCGUCCUCCGCGAACCAAGCCGACAUCACUCGAUCCUUGUUUCGAGAGUUGCUUUUUACCAAUUCAAUAUACUGAAGGCAAGCUACGAACACGACUUUGUCCGAGCUCCACUUCUGUUGCACACGAUUUCUACCAUGCCCAAGGAGAUUCUUGGAAAGACCUCGCAGCUUGUACUGCAGGGGCUGAAAUCAUGCAUCAGUGAGCCAGGUCCUCUUCGAAGUGAGAUCAUGACUUCGCCAGAUUUCUGGGUGUUACUGCGGAACCUUGCAGGCAAUGCCAGCUCUUCUGCCGCCGUUUUUGAGAUUCUUGAGGGUGGAGUAUCAGGCACACCUUCUCCAAUCAUUGCGGACAAUUAUGAAGCUGCCAUAUCCCUGCUGAAUGACUUUGCAACUGCUGCCAAGAUAGGAGCUGUUGCUGAGCAGAAGGGCGAUGCAGGCAAUAAACGGGCAAGGAGCUCGCGGCCCAAGAAGGAAACGCCAAGUGACAAUGCUGUCGUAUCCAGAGGUGUCAAGGCCAUAAAUCUCAUCCACAACAUGACCUCGCGUAUCCCCCAUCUCAUGAAGCAAUCGCACCUCGAGGCUAGCGAAGCAUGGUCCGCCUACUGGUUGCCUAUCUUCCAGGCGCUUACGACACAGUGCACCAACCCCUGCCGAGAGAUACGUCACCUGGCAUUCUCUUCGUUGCAGAGAUGUCUGCUAUCUCCAGAACUCAUCAGCAGCGGCCACGAGGAGUGGACGGCAAUCUUUGGUGAAGUCCUCUUCCCUCUCAUUCACAAGCUGUUGAAGCCCGAGGUGUACUCGUCGGACCGCGACGGCAUGAGUGAAACACGAGUGCAGGCUGCCUCGUUGCUAUGCAAGGUCUUCCUCCAAUACUUGGUUCUUCUAUCGAAGUGGGAUGGAAUGCUAGAUCUAUGGCUCAAGAUUAUUGACAUCAUGGAUCGCCUAAUGAAUAGUGGUCAGGGCGACAGUUUGGAGGAGGCUGUUCCCGAGAACUUGAAGAACGUUCUGUUAUUCAUGUCCAGUAGCGGCUAUCUUGUACCGCCCAGCAAAGACCCAUCGCAAGAGAAGCUUUGGGUAGAGACGUGGAAGCGAAUUGAUCGCUUCCUGCCCGACCUGAGAAAUGAGCUCGCACUCGAAGAGCCUACGCCUGUCGAGGAGAAGAAGGUUGAGGAAGCAGUGCCAACUGCGAAGACGCCAGAACCGCAGCCGGCUUCCGCUGAAUGA